GCUGGUUUUAUCCAGUUGAACAGGGCUCAGGCUGCGGAGCCGUCGGCGGUAGACCGGCGCUGUGUUCGCUAAACCUCGAUCAAAAGGAGAAAGGAAGGUUCCUUCCCCUCACGGUACACGCAGGUAAAGCAGUGAUGAAUAAAGCAAGAGAGGAGGACAAGCCAGCGAGGGACGGAGGAGAAAAGAGGGGUGCGACGGUGGAGCCAGGUGAAGGAACCGAACGCACAGGAGCGUCCGAGAAGAAACAGAAGCCUAAGAAAAGAGUAAAAGAGGAGGAGAAGGACAGAGAAUAUGGAGCAGUGGCAGGAAUGAAGAGACCUAAACGGGAGAAGACGGGAGGUGAUGGAGAUGGACAGACUGCAGAAGAAAAGCUCAUGAAGAAUAGCAAAGAAGAGGGAAUGAGGGACGAUAAGGCCCAGUGGCCAGCAGUCAGUAAGUACGAGAUCCUGGAGGCCAUGCUGGAGUCAUCCAUAUCCACUCUAAUAAAGGACACCACAGCCAUGCUGACUGAGGUGGAGUCGAUGCAAGCCAGUAUAGAUGGGAAGACGUGCAGAGCUGAGCAAGAGAAAGAGAAGGAUGAGGUGAAAGAGUGCAGCCCGGGUCCGUCUUCGCUGGACAAAGACAGCAUGAGAGAGACGAAGAACAAACCGGACAGUAAGGCAGAAGACAGAGAAGAGGAGAGCAGCAGUGACUCCGACAAAUAUGUAGUGUGGGUGCAGUGUAGCAGGGCUGACUGUUUUAAGUGGAGGAAACUGAGUGAAGAUGUCGAUCCUUCAGUGCUGCCCGAUGACUGGAUAUGUGAGGAUAACCCAGAUCCAGCUUUCUGCAGUUGUUCAGUUCCAGAGGAGCAGUCCAGCUCUUGCGAGGAGGAAGUGUUCUUUUGCAGCCUGGUCCCUGGAUCACUGGUCUGGGCCUGGCAGAGUGGACACCCCUGGUGGCCUGCGAUGAUCGAGAGAGAUCCUGACACAUACGACUACCUCGAGUUCCACAGGAAAACUGACCUCGCUCCGUUUAAGUGUCACGUGACGUAUUUUGGGGAUCCAGUGUGUAUCGACUGGGUUUUCUGCAGCGACGUGAGGAGCUACGCAGACCUAACAGAGGAUGAAGCUUUCAGUAUGCUGGAGCAGCCAGAGUUAAAGAAGAAACUGAAAGAUGCCAUUUGCAUGUUCAAACAAGCCCUCAAGCUGUCGCCACAGAUGCGGUUGAUGGAGUUCGGGUUCUGGAGUCGUUAUGAAUCAGACAGAGCGAGCUCGGAGGAGGACAGUGACGUUGGAGAAGUUUUGGAGCUUUUCAGUGGAAAGAGUGGAAAAUACUCUGAUGAUGAGAAUCUGUGGCCUAAAAAGCUAAAGAGAUGCCUGAAGAAAGGAGAGAAGCAGCGAAGAAAAGGGAAGAGUGGAAGUAAAAAGAGGACCGUAGAAAUGAAUGGGGAGAAAAAGGCAAAAAAGAGUGAGCGUGAGAGCGGAAAGAGUGCGAAGAGGAUGCAGAACGGAAAAAUAAGGGCGGAGAGCGCAAGCAAUUCAGAGGAAGGUGGACUGAAAGUCAACAAACAGAAAGCUGUGGCUGAUGGUCUGAUGGUGAAAGCAGAAAUGGAGAAGAAGUGUUUCACUCCCUCGUUCUCUCUGCCAAAGAAGAAUAGACCAGCCCACAGAGCAGAUGCAGAAAAGCAGCGGGUUCAGGACCAGACAGUCCCUCAGGGCGCCAUGGAAACGACCCCUGACAUCAGGCAUCCUAAACGGGACAUGAAGACCAAAGUUAAAGCCAAAGAGCAGGAUGAAGAAGAGGAUAAAGAAGGGAAGAAAGAGAAGAUUAACAAGAAGGAGAACAACAAGGAGAAGCAGAGCUGGUGGAAGGAGAAGAGCUGGCCGGAAGACUUAAGCGAAGAAGAGGACGAGGAAGACGAUGACGAAGGUUUCCUGAAUACGGACAUGGAGAUUCUGGGACGCAGAAGAAAAGAGCUCAAGCGUGUGUCCUGCAGAGAGGAGGAGGAGGACGAGGAGGAAGAGGAAGGGCAGACUGACUUCUGUCUCAUGCUGUUGGAAGAGGAGUAGCAGCGACUCCUUCAGUGAAAGACGAAGAUGCGCAGAACGUCUUCACGCUGGGAUUAAUUCGGGCAGGUAGGAGUGGGGCGCUGUAGACGAGCGUACGGUGAGGACGUCUUGGUUACUGGCGGCUGGUGUUUCUGUGGUUCGGCUGCCUUUGCGUUUUCAGUGGUUUCUGGUUUCUGGCUGGUUGAGUUCUCGGUGUCCUUCCGCUGAAGCCCACUGAUGUUCAGCAGCGUUUCUGCAGGGUUCUUUGGCCUUUUCUCUCUUGAUUCUAUCUUUAAAUGAUUCCCCUGACGUGUGGAAGUUGAAUGCCGUGUGUUGAUGGACUGUAUAACUGAACGUAUGUUUCUGUACGUAGAAAUGAGUUAAUUACAGCCAAAUGUUUAUCAUAUGCAGCACAUUUUGAACAGCGUCGCACGUUUGUUGUCAUGUUUGUUGGUCAUUAUUUACUGUUGAGUAAUUAAAGCACGUCGACUGAG